CACAUUCCAGCCGGAUUUGACAGUCCAAUUUCUCCACCCAUUGAACCGUCUCCUCGAAUGAAUCGACAUAUAACACAUCGUCGCUUUAAACUUUCAGACUCUUUAUCAUCUCGCAGCCCAAGUUAGGCGUGGGCCGCGGACCGCGUAUCUGAUUGCGACCUUAGCUUCCGUCUUCGGCACCCAAUAACAGAUUAACACGGAACCGAAAUUCGACUUUCAUCCUCUUUCCAACACAGCUACAGUCUGUCCCGGCCGAUCGUUCACAUUCACACAUACCGUGCGCGAUGGCGUUCAUCCAAGAUCCCCGUCUACGGCAGCGCUGGAACCAGAUCUCCCACAACGCCGAGGCGGUAACCGAGAACGCCGCGGCCGGCAUCUGGACCUUCCAGCACACAUACAUCACCCCCUGCCUUUCUUCUCUCGCCGACUCCAUCGACAGCUGCACGAGCCUAUGUCUCGGGGACCGUGAAGAGCGUGCCCGACGCGCGCGCGAGCGAGACCGCGGAGCUCACCGGACGAGAGCCGAGUAUAUGUUUGAUUUCUACGACGACUGGGACGAUGAUUUCGCCGCGGAUCAAAGGGCCACCAGUAGUGGAGGAGGAGGACUCUUCGGCGGCUGGGGCGGCGAGGACUGGGAUCGCUUACUGGCAGGGACGGGAAACGAUCGGAGACAUGCGGCCGGUGGCACGGGGGACGUGGUGGAUCAACCGAGGCGGAAGAGAGGAAUGAGUUAUGGGACAAGAGGAGGACCGAGGAGGAAGGCUUCCCUGCCCGAGGACGAUCCGACUGUCAUUCCAAGGACGGCACCGCUAGGGUUUUUAGGGCGGUUGCCCUUCAAGUUUGGCGGCACACUGAGGUACAAGCCUUCAGCAGCGAACUUACGGGACCACCCGGGUGCACUUGUGCCUGGACAACAACAGCCGGGAGGGCGCCGGCAUCGAGACGAGAAUGAGCCGUUGCUGGGGACAAGCUUGGAGGAGGGUGAGCAUGCUCGAAUCCACGAACAACAUGCAAGGGAAUCGCCACAGUUGAGGCCGCGCAGUAAUACUGGCGAGUCAGAGGGCACGUCAUCGAGUUCGUAUCGAUCGAGGAACGACAUUUUCCCAAGUGAUGGCGAGGGCGAUGAGGAUGCGGUGCCGUUAGACGACGAAUUCGCGGUCGCUUUUGGCCGCGUGGAUGACGGGAGCAGUAACAGGACGAGAAGUACGAAGGGGAAACGGCCGGCGAACGGAGAUAGGGAGUCAGGGAUAUUGAGAUCAGUGUCAAGGACUACGAUAGCGUCAACCUACUCGGCCUACCAGAUCGAUGACACCACUAUUUUCCCAACAUCGGGCUCAGAGGAUGCCCUGCCGACGCCAUCGCUGGAGGAUUUGCAACGAGAGGAAGAACUGGCUGAGAGGGAAGAGUACGAAGAGAUUGAACGCAAGAGAAAGGCUGCGUCUCGCUUGGCCGCACAGCGUGGAUUGCGCAAAGAAGAGGAGGGGACUCCCAAGCCAGAACCAGCACCGAAACUGGAACCGGAGCUGGAAUCAAAGCAAGCCGAAGUUAACCACGGAUCGACUCCCGAAGAACCCAUUCUACAGAUGAACACAACACAAAGCGACGAGACAAGGAAGAUCCCUGAGGAUGAAGUGAGGGAGACGAAACUCCCAGCUUUUACGGAUGUCAGGAACAACGACACUCCUGUAGCCAAGCAGAACCAUAAUGGAGGCGUGAAGGAGAGCACGACGGCAAAGCUCGAAGGAAAUAACACAGAGCUCGAAUUCAUACCGGCACGGUUGCCUCAUUUUGGAUGAAAGAUCAGGCCUGAUAAUGUGGGUCCAGUAAACAGGGACUGUUGGGGGCUACAAAACGGAUCAUACGGUAUCACGGCUCUGCGGGAUAGAUGCUUCAGUUACGACUUUAAUGAACAUAAACAACGAAGGGGUGUGCGGCUACAGGUUCCCCAUGAGAAUUAUAUUGGUGGUUUGAUUGGAAGACGGAGUUUUCAGUUCAAGGCGAACUGAUAGAAACAUGAGAUGCUCUCCACACAAAAGUCAAAAGACACGAAAGAGGCUAUCGUUGACGGCAAUCUAUAGACCGGAGUUGGGGUCCCUUUUGGAGUAGUCGGCUAUGAGUUAUAACAUAGUCAAACUACCUGUAUCGGCC